UUUAGUUCCGUCACUCAGUUUCCAGAAUAAACAACUUCUCUUUCUUGUCGACUUCGUUAUUUUAAAACAAAACUAACAUUUUCUACUGCUCCUGUUAUUUUUUUAAAAGAACUGAUUUGAAUCAAGCUGCUCAACUCGCAACUGACAUGGAAAAAUGGCCUGAAUUACAAGAGUUUUUCGAGACUGUUAAGAACACGCCGACCAAAUAUGAUAAUGUGAUCCAUGAACUCCACACGGGAGAGCACUUCUCCAAGAUGUACGCUGCCUACAGGCCCCAAUACCCACAAGAGAUCUACGACAAGAUCAUGGCCUACCACUCGGAGAACCCGAACAACGAGAGAGAACUCGCUGUUGAUGUUGGUUGUGGGACCGGGCAGGGUACUCUGCCCUUGACUAAAUAUUUCAAAAAGGUGAUAGGGACGGACGUGAGUGAAGACCAAAUCAACAACAUGCCGAAAAAUGUUCCAAACCUGGAGUCUCACGUGUCGUUUGCAGAGGAUCUCAAAUUUCUGAAAGACGGAUCGGUGGACCUCGUAACCAUAGCAACAGCCCUACACUGGGUGGAUCAACCCAAAUUUCUUAAGGAAGUAACCCGUGUGUUAAAGCCAGGUGGGACUUUUGCCACGUACACUUUUAAUGGUGACAUUAUUGACAAUGUUGAGUGGCAGACAUACUUUUAUGAGCUGACGAAGACGCUGUUUAUAAACUACGUCACAUCAAAAGUUUGUGUCGUUUACGACAAAUAUAAAUCACUGGACUUCCCUUUUAAAGAAAUGAAAAGAUACGAGGGAAUCAAGUUUACAAAAGAGAUGACGGUUGAUGAGUAUAUUGGAUAUAUCUCCAGUUUCCACUGCGUUAAUAUGUAUAUCCUGGACAAUCCUGACAGCGAUAUUCUUGACGAAAUGAAACAAAAACUGAUAUCCACCUACAAAAAACAAUCAGCUGUCGAUGAACCAAUCAAGGUGAAGGUCAACAGCGAGAUUUUUCUCAUCCUCGGCAGGAACUAGAUGUGUUCCACACACGAGAGACAAACGUUUAUUGCUUAGAAAAGCAGGACAUACUAUUUUAAAGCUCAUCUACUUUUCACUUUAUCAGCUCACCCAGAGGCGUCGCGAGGCGGGGGCGGGGAAU